AUGCUCGAUCGAACUGGUCGUGGUAAAAUUGUGCUUCAGAAUUUCCAUAUCGUGGACAAAGAUGCUCUUUAUAUGCACAAUUUGGGUGCGACUCAACAACUAAUUAUCAAUUUAAGAGAUCAAAAGGAUGAGUUAGUGGCACUACGGGAACUCACUGCUGCACAACAACACAAGAUUGAGGAGCUGCAGAAGCACCUUGAGCAAGAAGUCAGUGUACAGUUGGUACAAAAGCGAUUGAUCGUUGAGACUGAGCUGGCGCAAACUGAGAAAAAGAUUGAGGAAGCUAAAAUUCGUGGAAAUGAAGAGCGCACGACGCUUGAGCUGAAACGGGACUAUGAAAUGCAAGUGGAGAAAGAAAAAAAUGUGCUGGAGCACCAGCGAAUGAAACAGCAGGACAUUGUGCGUCGUGAUCAGAAUCGAGAGUUGGUGCAGAUGCAAGAAGAGUCGAAUGUUCGUUUGGAACGUGCGAGGCGUAAGACAGAGGAAGUACUUAAGGAAAAACAAUUGGCAGCAGACCAUGAGCGAGCCUUGUUGGAACGAAAUACGACGCUGAUGAAGGCAGAAAUUGACGUUGAUGGUCGAAUCCGUCAGCAACGUGUGAAUCAAGACAUUGAGAUGGCACAGCUGCAACAGCGACUUGAAGCUGACCGCGUCAAGCUCAUGCAAGCUCUACAAGCCACGUUUGACAACCUCGGGCAGGGUAUUUCGAUACUUCUUGUGGACAAAGAAAAACUGUUUAAAUUUGUUGGAGCAUUUGUGGCACUUGCUGCGGGAAUUUAUCUGAGUCGAGAGGCGAUUCAUUUAAUGGGAAAAGUAAUUGAGCAACGACUUGGUAAACCUUCCCUUAUUCGUGAAACGUCACGUACAUCUGGUAUGAUCGGUUUCAUAAAUGCCUUGUGGCGUCGAAAGCCGGUAAAUGAACAAAAUGAAUUGGCCGGUGUUGUACUACAGAAAUCCCUCGCGACGCGCGUGCUCGAAAUUGCACGCUCGACCCGUAACGCGAUGCAACACGGCGCACCAUAUCGACAUUUGCUACUUUACGGACCUCCUGGAACUGGCAAAACAAUGGUAGCCAAGCGCCUUGCACGAACAUCUGGUAUGGACUACGCCAUUUUAAGUGGAGGUGAUGUUGGUCCGCUUGGAUCCGACGCUGUUACAGAGCUUCAUGCUCUAUUUCAAUGGGCAAACUCAUCUCCAAAUGGUGUUUUAAUCUUUAUCGAUGAGGCUGAAGCAUUUCUUGGUUGUCGGGCGACACGUAAGACACACAUGAGUGAAGCGAUGCGCAAUGCCUUGAAUGCGUUAUUGUACCAUACUGGCGCCCAGUCCAAGAAGUUUAUGCUCGUUGUCGCAACAAAUCGUCCAGAGGAUCUGGAUACUGCUGUGACAGAUCGGAUAGAUGACACGCUUCACUUUGACUUGCCAGAAAUCAAUGAGCGUUUACGUCUCUUGCAAAUGUACUUUAACGAAUAUGUAGCUCAUCUCAAAGAUCCCAAAAUGCUGCGUGAAAAGUCGAAAACAAUUUGUGAAAUAGCUUGUGCUAUGGAUUCAAAAGUCAUGACACAGUACGGAGAAAUCACGAAGGGAAUGAGUGGUCGCGAAAUUGCUAAAAUGAUGCUGUAUCUGCAAAGCAUUGUUUACGCACAAGAUCAAGCUGUCGUGACGCCUCAGCUUGUUGACCGUGUUGUAAAGGAAAAGGUGAAUGAACAUCAACGGAAGCUCGAGCUGAAAAAUUACAAUGACAAAAAUUGA